AUGAUCUGCUUUUCAGAUAACACCAUCCAGUCGAUUUUCUGCUGCUGCUGUUGCUGUUCCAUGCAGAAGCGACAAGUGAGGACACAAAUAAGCCUUAACAAAGAUGAAGAACUUUCAGAAAAAUACACACAGCGUCGCCCAUCCUGGUUCAGUGAAUUGCCAAAUAAGAAGCAAUCCAACAGGGGCCGUGGGCAACCAUCAGAACGCAAGCCACUGCCUCCCCUCCCACCCUCUGAGGCUUCUGAAGAGAAGAUCCACGUUAAGGCACUCUACAACUUCCUGCCCAGAGAGCCCUAUGAUUUAGCCUUAAAGAAAGCAGAGGAAUAUUUUAUCUUGGAGAAGUAUGAUCCUCACUGGUGGAAGGCAAGAGACCGCUUGGGGAAUGAAGGCUUAAUUCCAAGCAACUAUGUGACCGAAAACAAACCAACUAAUUUAGAAAUAUAUGAGUGGUACCAUAGGAAUAUUACUAGAAAUCAGGCAGAACAUCUUUUGAGACAAGAGUCUAAAGAAGGUGCAUUUAUUGUCAGAGAUUCAAGACAUUUGGGGUCCUACACCAUUUCUGUGUUUAUAAGAAAUAAGAGAAAUAUGGAGGCUACUGUCAAGCAUUAUCAAAUUAAAAGGAAUGACUCAGGACGGUGGUACGUGGCUGAAAGGCACCUGUUUCAAUCAAUCCCUGAGUUGAUCUGGUAUCACCAGCACAAUGCAGCCGGGCUCUUGUCCCGUCUCCGUUACCCAGUUGGUCUGAUGGGCAGUUGUUUGCCAGCCACAGCUGGUUUCAGUUAUGAAAAGUGGGAGAUAGAUCCAUCUGAGUUGGCUUUUGUGAAGCAGAUUGGAAGCGGUCAGUUUGGGGUGGUCUAUUUAGGCCAAUGGCGAGCACAUGUCCAGGUAGCUAUCAAGGCCAUCAACGAAGGCUUCAUGUCUGAAGAGGAUUUCAUUGAAGAGGCUAAAGUGAUGAUGAAGUUAUCUCAUUCGAACCUGGUUCAGCUUUAUGGAGUGUGUAUACAGCAGAAGCCCCUCUAUAUUGUGACAGAGUUUAUGGAAAAUGGCUGCCUACUUAACUAUCUGAGAGAGAGAAAAGGAAAGCUUAGCAAGGAGAUGCUACUGAGUGUGUGCCAAGAUAUCUGUGAAGGAAUGGAGUAUCUGGAGAGAAACUGCUUUAUCCAUAGAGAUUUAGCAGCAAGGAAUUGUUUGGUCAGUUCUACAUGCAUAAUAAAAGUUUCGGACUUUGGAAUGACAAGGUAUGUUUUGGAUGAUGAAUAUGUCAGUUCUUCUGGAGCCAAGUUCCCAGUCAAGUGGUCCCCUCCUGAAGUUUUCCAUUUCAACAGAUAUAGCAGCAAAUCUGACGUCUGGUCCUUCGGAGUUUUGAUGUGGGAAGUUUUUUCAGAAGGAAAAAUGCCUUUUGAAAAUAGGUCAAAUUUGCAAGUUGUGGAAGCUAUUUCUAAAGGCUUCAGGCUGUACCGACCUCACCUGGCACCAAUGUCCAUAUAUGAAGUCAUGUAUAGCUGCUGGCAUGAGAAACCUAAAGGCCGCCCGACAUUUGCUGAGCUGCUGCAAGUUCUUACAGAGAUUGCAGAAACCUGGUGA